AUGAUUGGUCGAAGACGACUCUCAACAAUAUGUGUAUUUUUGGGUGUUUGGUUGCUCACAACUCUCUAUUUCUUUGGCCUUAUCACAACGAAUAAUGGAAACACACUUGAUAGAGAAACUUCAGCCCAAAAUAUAUACCAUAAAGAUGUAGUGAAAGAAGCGCCAAGAGCUCGAAAAUUGAAGAAUCUCGAUUACGGAAAAGUGGAAUUUCCAGUGAAAGGAGAUCACUUUGAAGACAAAGACAGAUUUCAUUUGAAACAGGAUAAAGCUUUGGAGAACGAUUUUGGAGAAGUUGAGAUGCAUGUUGUCGAGAAUAAAGAAGAAAAUCGAAAUCUCAAAGAUACAGAAGAAGAUUCACAAGAACAAAAAAUGAAAAACAUUGCAAAGCCAAAGAUUGUGCAGCCAAAAAGAGAUGAUCAGAUUCCAGAAGUGAAUCUCGAUGAGCUCGCCCUCAUCAAGAGUCCCCAAGAACAGAUAGAACAUGACACAAUUUAUAAAAAAUAUCAAUUCAACGGUUGGUUGAGUGAUCGAAUCGGUCACCGGAGAAAGAUCCCAGAUUCUAGACACUCUUUAUGUUCAAGCGCUUUUGCUUCUGAUCUUCCAAAAGCUUCAAUCAUUGUUUGUUUUUACAACGAAUCACCAUCAGUUUUAAUUCGAAUGGUGAACUCUUUGCUCGAUCGAACACCAAUCGAAUUGAUUCAAGAAAUCUUGCUAAUUGAUGAUGGAUCAGAGUGGGCGGAAGCUUACAACGAGGCACUCGAAUAUAAAGCAUCUCAUCCUCUAUGGAAUGGAGUGAAAUUUUUAAAAACUCCACAAAAUCUUGGAUUGAUUCGAGCAAAAGUUUAUGGUGCUCGAAAAGCAAGAGGAGAAGUUCUCGUGUUUCUCGAUUCUCAUUGUGAAGUGAACACGGAUUGGUUACAGCCACUUUUGGAAAGAAUUAACGAAGAUCGAACAAGAGUGGUUUGUCCAAUCAUUGACAUCAUCGAUUCACAAACGAUGCAAUACGUGCAAUCGCCCGUAUGCAAAGGAGGCAUGAAUUGGGGGCUUACUUUCAAAUGGGAUUACCCGCAUCGGUCUUAUUUCGAUGAUGCCACUAACUAUGUGAGACCCCUUCGCUCUGCAACAAUGGCUGGUGGACUUUUUGCAAUUGAUCGUGAAUAUUUCUUUCACAUUGGUACCUAUGAUGAAGGAAUGGAUACAUGGGGUGCUGAAAAUGUCGAAAUCUCAAUUCGAUUGUGGACUUGCGGGGGUUCUUUGGAGAUCAUUCCAUGCAGUCGAGUAGGGCACAUAUUUAGAAGCGUUCGUCCAUAUGGUACUGAUCGAGACACAAUGGGGAAAAAUGCUUUGCGAACAGCGCGAGUCUGGCUCGAUGAAUAUUUAGAAAAUUUCUACACUGCAAGACCUUAUCUUCAAAAAAUGAGCGACUUUUUUAUGGGUGAUAUUUCUGGAAGAGUCGAGUUAAGACAACGGCUUCAAUGUAAACCAUUCAAAUGGUACCUUUCUGAAAUCUAUCCUGAAUUGCUCCCAGGGAACGUUCCUGAUGAAGCCGAGAUUUCACAUAAAGUUGAUAUUUCGAAAAAGUAUAUGAUUCGUUUAUUAAACUCUUCGAUGUGCAUGGCGGCGGAUGGAUCCGGCAAUCACAUCUCUCCGGGUUCACCAAUAGAAGUAACAAGAUGCAAUGAAGCAGAUAGAAAACAACACUGGAGAUACACAGCAAAGCUUGAACUCCGUCCAAUGGGUAGCUCUCGUUUAUGUGCUGAUGCUCUCAAAGGGGCAACUCUACUCAAAUGUCAUAAUCAAGGAUUUCAGCAAGAAUGGAAAUUUACGAAAAGCGGCCAGCUCUUCAACGCAGCCACAGGGAAAUGUGUAUCGGGGAAAGCCGAGCGCUCUUCUCAUCUCUAUCUCGAGUUUUGCUCAAAAGCGAUUCACUUUGAACUUCUACCAAUCUCA